UUAAAAAAUAAAAUAAUGACGUGGUUGCGUGGACCCCACAACUUCCUCUCAUGUUAUAACUCGGUCUUCUUGUCAAGCCAACAAAUUGCGAUUCCAGAACCGGACAAAAAAAGCCGACGGGUCCCCGCCCUCACGGGUCAGGGAGACCGAUCCAUGCCGCCGCCUCACUCCGCCGCUACCCAAACACGUCCACCGCCACCGGCAGCUUCCCCUCUGUACAAACACAACUCGUGGUCGCCGGACAUACUCCGAGAUGAAGAAUGGCUCAAGCGGAAGGACAACCACCACCUCCGCCGUCGUCUCAGGAACAAAAGCGUCACCGAUGAGGAUAUCGAUGAGCUCAAAGCUUGUAUCGAGUUAGGGUUCGGAUUUGAUGAAUUGAAUGAUCGACUUUCAAGUACUUUACCAGCUUUAGGUUUGUAUUACGCCGUCAACAAGCAAUAUCACGAUACGAUCUCGAAGUCAUCGUCCAUGUCGUCAUCGUCGUCUUCUUCUUCUUCUUCCGUCUCUUCAUUUUCACCUACCGUCUCCGAAUCUGAUUUAUCUCUUCCGUUUGAUAAUCCUCACGCCAUAUUCGGCCAAGUUGAUAAUCCAGAGACAAUGAAGACAAGAUUGAGACAAUGGGCACAAGUUGUAGCUUGUUCUUUGCGUCAAUCAUCAUCACCAUUAUCAUCAUCAUCAUGAAGCUUAAACCAUGAAGAACAAUCUGCUUACUUUAAGGGCAAGGUAAGCCAUCUAUGGCUAAGAUUAUAAGCAAGUCUUGAUCUCUAAUUACACCCUGUACAUACCAACACAUUGUUGAUUGCCUAUGAGAAGGGAAAACAUUUUUACUUUGAAUGUUUGUAAAUUGACCUUUUGUAUGCUAUUCCAUGUCUCUUUUUAUCACUUUUAAUCGUAUGUAAUUUCUCAUGUUCACAUGUUAUGUGUUUUCAUAACUCAAUUUUAAUGUAAAAGUCUUUAAGUUAUGUUUGA